AUGAAGCUGCUUUUAUCAGCUCUUCUGCCAAUCCUGGCCGCAGCAGCCACAUCAAAGCCGACUGUAACGAUCGACGCCGGUACCCUUACAGGUGGACAAUGUCAAGAUGCAAGUGCAGUCUAUUAUAAGUCAAUUCCUUACGCCGAACCUCCACUUGGAGAGCUUCGUUUCGAGUCUCCCGUCGCCAAGAAACAAUUUUCGGGGGGAAAACUUGAUGCGACAUCCACGCCACCCGCUUGUAUCCAAUGGACAAGCGAAUUUAACGAAACUACAGCUGAGUCCGAAGAUUGCCUCUUCCUAGAUGUCUGGACUCCAUCCGAUGCCACCAAAGAUUCAAAACUCCCCGUCAGAGUCUGGAUCUACGGUGGGUCGAACACAAAUGGUGGAAUUUCCAACACUUUAUACGAUGGCUGCAACUCUGCGGAUCAAGGCGCAGUCCUCGUCUCCAUCAACUACAGACUUGGACCUCUGGGGUUCAUGGCACUUGAAAAGGCCGGAAUUUAUGGAAACCAGGGAAUCCAGGAUCUUGUUCUUGGAUUAGAGUGGGUACAGGAUAACAUUGCUGAGUUUGGCGGCGACCCGAACAAGGUGAACCUAUUCGGACAGUCGGCCGGUGCCGAGGACGCUUUCAUUAUUUCCUCUCUCCCGAAGGCCCCUCAACUCAUCAACAGUUUCAUCUCUGAAUCUGGAGGUGGCAAGAACCUCGUUACUAAAGCUACUUUGCAAACCACUGGUGCGAACUACGCUAGUAUCCUUGGAUGUGGCUCCAGCAAAUCUUGCCUUCAAGCCAAGUCUGCAAGCGAACUUCUUAAGGCCUACGCAAAGGAUGGUGAAUCUGGCUAUAUGAGCUACGGCAUUGGAGUCGAUGGUGCCAUUGGUGUUACUAGUGCUCACACUCAUACCUUCUAUCCUUACGUGGAUGGCAAGGUCAUUCCCCAAGAGCCUAUCAGCCGUGGUUCGCGAGUUCCCGCGAUCUUUGGAUUUAACCUAAAUGAAGGCGUCAUCUACGCCGGCUCGACGUGCGAGACGAACGAAACAGCUUGUACUGAGGCUGGGUAUGGGGAUUUCCUCAAGGCAAAUUACGGUCCUAUGGCUUCAACAGUUGAGAAGUACUACCCUCUGUCAAAGUUCGUGUCUUUGGGCGAUAAGGCCGUUCUUGGUGCCAUUUCCAAAGUCAUCACCGACUCUGAUUAUAUGUGCCCUGGAUUUCGUGGCGCUAUUGCGACUGCACGCAACAACGUUCCUACAUGGGCUUACGAGUUCAUUCACAACACCACCUGUGCUUGGAUGGAAACGGUUGCACAGGACGACGUCUCUGAGCUUGGUGCCACCCACACCGCGGAGAUUUCUUAUGUCUUCGGUAACAUGGCUUUUGACCUGUCGGGCAGAGAUUCUUGCAACUCUACCGCUGCAGAGUAUCAUCUUAGCAAUCAAAUGGUGAGUCUGUGGCAGGCAAUGGCAGAGAACGCCGCCCCUUCAACCGAUGCCAUCAAAUGGCCCCGCUUCCAGCCCUCCAAAAACGGCACUACCCCUGGCUUGUUCUUUGCCAACUCAAUCGGCCCUGGAACUAUUGAUUUCAGCGCCUGUCAGCUCUGGGAUAAGGUGAACACCGUGCUUUCGGCGACGACCAACUCUACGUCGUCGGAAAGUGCAUCUGGCACUGCAAAGGCCUCUAGCACUGCAAAUGCCUCUGGCACUGCGAAGGCCACCUCGUCUCCAACACAUCAGAUCGGCAGUGCUGGAACUAUUUUACCUGGAGGACUUCUGGCUCUGUCCGUUCUGUUGCUCCACAUGACUGUAUUUGUAUAG